AUGCCCUCAGCUGCCCGGAACCUGCGCCCCGCCGCGCGAGCGCUCUUCUCAUUGGCCGCCGCCCCCAGCCGGCCCUCUGACUGGCCCGGCCACGCCUCGUCCCCGCCCACACGCGGAGAGCCCGGCCUCCCGCGGACCGGCUCCUCAUUGGACGCCCCUUCCUAUUGCCCCGCCCCCGGCUCCACGCUCCUCCCGAUUGGCGGGUCGGCGCCGCCCCGGGGCCACUCCGCGGCCAAGACGAGCGGCGGCCGCGGGCGGGGCGGCUCCGUGCGGGUGGUGUGGACGCCGCGCCCGGCCCUCCCGUCCACUGCCCGCGCCCGGCCCUCCCUCCAUUGCCCGCGCCCGGCCCUCCCUCCAUUGCCCGCGCCCGGCCCUCCGCCCACUGCCCGCGCCCGGCCCUCCGCCCACUGCCCGCGCCCGGCCCUCCGCCCACUGCCCGCGCCCGGCCCUCCGUCCACUGCCCGCGCCCGGCCCUCCGUCCACUGCCCGCGCCCGGCCCUCCGUCCACUGCCCGCGCCCGGCCUCCCGCCCACUGCCCGCGCCCGGCCCUCCGCCCACUGCCCGCGCCCGGCCCUCCGUCCACUGCCCGCGCCCGGCCUCCCGCCCACUGCCCGCGCCCGGCCCUCCGCCCACUGCCCGCGCCCGGCCCUCCGUCCACUGCCCGCGCCCGGCCUCCCGCCCACUGCCCGCGCCCGGCCCUCCGCCCACUGCCCGCGCCCGGCCCUCCGUCCACUGCCCGCGCCCGGCCCUCCGCCCACUGCCCGCGCCCGGCCCUCCGUCCACUGCCCGCGCCCGGCCUCCCGCCCACUGCCCGCGCCCGGCCCUCCGCCCACUGCCCGCGCCCGGCCCUCCGUCCACUGCCCGCGCCCGGCCCUCCGUCCACUGCCCGCGCCCGGCCCUCCGUCCACUGCCCGCGCCCGGCCUCCCGCCCACUGCCCGCGCCCGGCCCUCCCGCCCACUGCCCGCGCCCGGCCUCCCGCCCACUGCCCGCGCCCGGCCCUCCGUCCACUGCCCGCGCCCGGCCUCCCGCCCACUGCCCGCGCCCGGCCCUCCCGUCCACUGCCCGCGCCCGGCCCUCCCGCCCACUGCCCGCGCCCGGCCCUCCCGCCCACUGCCCGCGCCCGGCCCUCCCGCCCACUGCCCGCGCCCGGCCCUCCCGUCCACUGCCCGCGCCCGGCCUCCCGCCCACUGCCCGCGCCCGGCCCUCCGUCCACUGCCCGCGCCCGGCCCUCCGUCCACUGCCCGCGCCCGGCCCUCCCGUCCACUGCCGGCGCCCGGCCCUCCCGUCCACUGCCGGCGCCCAGCCCUCCCGUCAUUGCCCGCUGUGUUGGCCUCGAUGCUGCCGGGCCGCGCAGGGUCAUCCCUGACGCUGGCAGCCCGCAAGCCCCGCCAUGCCGCUGGGCACGUCCCGCACCCGCUGCCCGGGGACAUGCCCCUUCCUCCCCGAGGUCCGCGGCCUCCGGGUUCGAGUCCACUCGCCAGCUUGAGCGCCUGUGUGCGUGUCUCCUCCGCGGAGGGGAGACAGCAUAG